GGUUGUUCCCGAGCACUUGAGUGUUACAGUCAAUAAGGGUGAAGGCCUCAGCGUUCGGUUCACCAACGUGGGAACCAAAGAAGUGGAGUGGAAGAAGGCAUCGACCAGGUCUUGGACGGGCGUUGAUCGCAUUAAUAAUAACCAGUUAAUCAUCCCGGCCUCUCAACUGGAUGGCUCUGGCUUCUACAGUGUUAGGUACCGUCUUCCACCUGGUUACACCAGAAAUAAACAAGAGUCAGGAACAUUCAGCCUCAUCAUGAGAGAGUGUGAAGCUGAGCGUUAUGGUCCACCAAACUGUCUCCAGUGGUGUCCUGACUGUAUGUACGGGGGUGUUUGUGACGCUGAGACUGGCCGGUGUGUGUGUCCCCUGGCCUCACGGGAGAACUGUGCCACACACGAUGUUCACAGGGCAAGAUAGGGCGGGACUGUACGGUUGACCUACCUGAUGCCAGAGGUAAACAGAUUUGCCUACCACCACCCUAUGGCUGCCGCUGCGCCCCGGGGUAUAAAGGACCACACUGUGACCAAGAAUGUGGGGAUGGACGUUGGGGCGAGGGGUGCUCCAGGACCUGCAGCUGUGGCUACCAAGGAUGUGAUGUUCUCACUGGUCUUUGCCGGGGGUUAACAUCUGCCUGUACCGGAGGAGGCAAAGGGUUACCACGGUUGCGUAAGCCUCCCAGAAUCACCGAGACUGGAUCAAUGACAACGAAAGUCAUAUUCGACCAAUGGAGAGAUGGUUACGACGAUGGUGAAAUAGACGCCAGUAAUGACGUACUCACCUACCUGAUACGCAUCUGGCUCACCAAGGACGGGAUAUAUAAGGCAGCAUCCCACCCUGUUACACCAGGAAACUUUAUUACCCUGACUAGACUAGAGCCUGGGUCAGAAUACAACCUACAGGUGCUGGUACAGGUGGAGAAUUAUGAAGGGAAAGUGUGUGUUGCUGACGGAUUCGGGCGUGAGAGAGUACACACAGUGCCCUUCAGAACUUCCUGUCCUAACAAGCCUCCGACACCAGAUAGAGUCAACAUAACAGAUGUGAAGUCCACAAGUUUCUUGGUUUUCUGGCAGGAUGUCUCCUAUAAGGCCACUUGUCACAUACAGUAUGCGGUAGAAGUCAACAAACAAAUCCAAACCUUCCAAGAUGUAGCCUGGUAUAGACCGAUGCGUCUUGAACCAUAUACUGAAUACAACAUUGUAGUUUGGGCUCAGAUGGAGAAGACUACUUACAGCAACAGAGGCCCGACCAACCGAGUCAAGACUCUUCCCCUGCCACCAUCAGCGCCUCUAGGUGACUUGGUUCUCCACGACCGUACAUGGAAGGCAACCUGGUGGCCAGCACCUGGUGACAAGGAGACUUUACUACUCCUACAGAUACAAGAUAAAUUAUCUUGCAUGCAGUAGAGGGAAGUUUCACCCAAUGGUCUGACUGGUCGCCCACUACUACCACCAAUUUCGAAGCUCCUCCAUACUCUAAGGUUCACCUGCGAGUGAAGAUCAAGAAUGAAGCUGGACUGAAAGCAAGUGACGGUAUCAAUGACGGGAGCCCAC